GGAGCGUUUUAGGUUUGUUUAGGUUAUUGUAACAAACCGACGACUUUGCGGUUUGCAACGCCGUACCGCUGCUGCGUUCACAGGAAGCUUUUUAUUGAUAGUUUCGAGGUGGCAAGUGGAAGAGAUAACAGCGGUUCGGCUUGAGCUUUGUUUCGCUUUAAUGAGAUAAGUUUCUGCGGUUAAAAAUACCAGUAUUUUCGGCUGGCUUGUGUGGAAUUGGCGCGGUCUGAGCUCAUCUAAGUUAACUCCGUCCUGGGAGGACUAAAUGGCUGCAAAUGAAGGGAAGCAAAGGUGAUAAAGAAGAGUAUUCAUCAUAGCCGGUUCGGCCCAGACAGCGGUUUAUCCGUGGUCCUGUUUUUAGCCACAUCACAGCCUGCUCGCACCGUUACCCGCCGAGGUCUCCAUUGUGUGAGCAUCUCUGUGCUAUUCCCCCACUGCUGCCCCCGACACCUGCCGUAGCUACAACGGUGUGUUUUCAGCUGGAUUUUUUUUCUUUUUCUCUUCAACUUUUUUAAAUCCUCGCAACCAAAAUGUGCUCUCGGAUCUGGUUCGUGACCGACCGGCGCAUCAGCCAGGAGUAUCCACAAGUUCAGAUCCUUCGGGCACUGAAGGAGCGCUGUGCCGACGAAGAUGUUGAAUUCCGCUCUCUUCUCAUGGAUCAAAUCGUGCUUACGAUCAGCGAGGGACAAUUAGGUCUGCGAGUGGAGCAGGAAUUGGUGACAUCCUAUCCACAGGUGGUGGUGGUGCGCGUGCCCACGCCCUGGGUGCAGUCAGAUAGUGACAUCACUGUGCUGCGCCACUUGGAGAAGAUGGGCUGCCGGCUGAUCAACCGGCCUCAGGCCAUACUCAACUGUGUCAACAAGUUCUGGACCUUUCAAGAGCUGGCGGGCCAUGGGGUGCCUCUUCCUAACACUUUCUCCUACGGAGGGCAUGACAACUUCCGUAAGAUGAUUGACGAAGCAGAGCCGCUGGGCUACCCAGUGGUAGUGAAGAAUGCACGUGGCCACAGGGGCAAGGCUGUAUUCUUGGCACGGGACCAACAUCACCUGACAGACCUGUGUCACUUGAUCCGCCAUGACACCCCAUACCUGUUUCAGGAGUAUAUCAAGGAGUCUCAUGGCCGUGACGUGCGGGUGGUCCUGGUGGGCGGCCGUGUCAUCGGCUCCAUGCUACGCUGCUCUACCGAUGGGCGCAUGCAGAGCAACUGCUCCCUGGGUGGUAUAGGUAUGAUGUGCCCACUGAGUGAGCAGGGGAAGCAGCUGGCCACAGAGGUGUCCAACAUCCUCGGCAUGGAUGUGUGCGGCAUUGACCUCCUGCAGCUCAACAAUGGCUCGUUUGUAGUCUGUGAGGCAAAUGCCAACGUGGGCUUCAUUGCCUUCGACCAGGCCUGUGGCAUGGAUGUGGCAGGCAUUGUUGCCGACUACGCCCUAUCGAUGCUCCCCAGUCGCCUCACACGCAAGAUGUCCCUGCUGUCUGUUGUUUCGAGCACCAGCGAGACCAGCAGUGAGCCUGAAGUUUGCCCUGUGCCCACCGGCGGCAGCUCCCUGCCCGAGGCUGUCUGUAACAUGAGCGUGGGCUCCACCUCCAGCGAGAGCGACCCAGAGCUGGCCGAGCCCUCCCAGUCUUCACCCCGCCAGGCCUCGGCACCCGCCCUUCCUGAUCUCCCCAACCUCCCUGAUCCAGCCUACAACUUCAACACCAUUCUUGCCAAUGAGAUCAAGUUAUUGACUGAGUGA